GGGCGGGUUUAUAUUCGCGGAGGGUCAGCUGACGCUCUGCAUUGCAGACUGCGGAGUCAAGCGGCGUCAUGUCCACCCUCUUCCUUCUGGCCAGCCUGCUGGCCGCGGCUGUAGGCAGCCCUGUCCAUAGCCUGAAAAAAUGCACGGGAGGCUCAGCAGUGUGGUGCCAGGAUGUGCAGGCAGCGGCUGACUGUGGGGCCGUGAAGCACUGCCUGCAGACUGUCUGGAGCAAGCCCGUGGUGAAAUCUCUUCCCUGUGACAUAUGCAAACGAGUCAUCACUGAAGCAGCAGACUUGCUGAAGAACAAUGAUACUGAGCAAGAGAUCCUCACGAACUUGGAGAAGACCUGUGACUGGCUUUCUAAGCCAGAGCUGUCUGCCAAGUGCAAGGAGAUUGUGGAUGCCUACCUCCCGGUCAUCAUGGACAUGAUUAAAGGAGAAAUGAGCCAUCCCGAGGAGGUUUGCUGCGCCCUCAAUCUCUGCGAGUCUCUUCAGAAGCACCUGGCAGAGCUGAAUCACCAGAAACAGCUCGAGUCCAAUAAGAUCCAGGAAAUGAACAUGCCUGAAAUGAUACCUCCCUUCAUUGCCAACAUCCCCCUCCUCCUCUACCCUCAGAAUGGACCCCACAGCAAGCCCCAGCACAAGGUUGGUGCGGAUGUUUGCCAGGACUGCAUUCAGAUGGUGACCGAUGUCCAGACUGCCGUAAAGACCAACUCUACCUUUGUUGAGGCCUUUGUGGAGCAUGUCAGGGAGGAGUGUGACCGCUUGGGGCCUGGCAUAGCUGACAUGUGCAAGAACUAUAUCAACCAGUAUUCUCAAAUUGCAGUCCAGAUGAUGAUGCAUAUGCAACCCAAGGAGAUUUGUGCAUUGGUUGGGUUCUGUGAUGAGGUGAAGAAGAUGCCCAUGCAGACUCUGAUCCCUGCCAAAACAGCCUCGGAGAAUGUCAUCCCUGCCCUGGAACUGGUGGAGCCAAUUAAGAAGGAUCUUGUGCAGUCAAAGGCAGAUGUUAAGUGUGAAAUGUGUGUGUACUUGGUGAAGGAGGUGGUCAAGCAGAUUGACAACAAUAAGACUGAGGAAGAACUCCUUAGCAUUUUGGAUAAAAUGUGCUCCAAAUUGCCCAUAUCGGUUGCUGAGGAGUGCCAGGAGGUGGUGGACACUUACGGCACUUCCAUCCUGAAGAUGCUGGAGGCAGAGGCCUCGAUGGUGUGUAGCCUUCUCCAUGUCUGCCCCUCCCGGGAGCUGCCUGCACUGACUGUACGAGUGGUGCAGAAGAAGAAUGGUGGCAAUGGUGGCUUCUGUGAGGUGUGUAAGAAGCUGGUUGGCUAUUUGGAGCAUAACCUAGAAAAAAACAGCACAAAGCAGCAGAUCCUGGAUGCUCUGGAGAAAGGCUGCAGCUUCCUUCCUGACCCAUACCAGAAGCAGUGUGAUCAGUUUGUGACUGAGUACGAGCCUGUGCUGAUAGAAGUUCUGGUGGAGGUGAUGGACCCAUCCUACGUGUGCCUGAAAAUUGGAGCCUGCCCCUCAACUCAAAGGCCUCUCUUGGGAACUGAGAAGUGUGUCUGGGGCCCAAGCUACUGGUGCCAGAACAUGGAGUCAGCAACCCAGUGCAAUGCUGUCGAGCAUUGCAAACGCCAUGUGUGGAACUAGAAGGAAUGUUCCAUCUUGGAGAACCUGCACCAUCUUUUCCUACUUGUGUGUCUAAAGGAACAGUCACACAGAUCUAUUGACUUUGUUAUAAAAUAGGACCCCUUUACCUUCAUUUCUCAUCUCCCUUAUGGUAGCAUUGCUGUCAGUGUGGGAGGCGCCUGGCCUGCCAUUGACAUAGCUGCUUCAGUGUCCCCUUUUCUCUCUGCUAGAUGGAUGGUGACCUAUUGUGCACUGAGGUCUUUCAGCCUGCUCUAGCGUGGUGUCUACCUGGAGAGUGGGCUCUAGUUGCUGGCACCACCCAGAGCUUCUUGACAGAAAGUGUCCAUCAUCUUUGCUGGGGCCUGCUCUGAGUCCUGACACAGGCGUGGGCUUCUGAGACCUCCGCUAAGGAGGGCCCCUCCCCUUCCUGGGCGUGUUGGUUGCUAUACAAAGAAGCAAAACAAAGGUGGUUUUAUAUGAAAGACCAGAAACUUAAAAUAAUUAGACUUUUAAACAAUAUAGUUCCUACUAUAAUAGAAAUUUUGGAAGUGGCUGCUCAGCAGACCUGGGUAGGGUUAGCGUUUGCUGUCCUAGGCCAACCCUUUCAGCUUUCCUGGGUCUUUCCUUGGUGAUGCCUUGUUUGGGCUUCUGUGGGUUUGGAUGGGAGGGGAAAAUCUACCUGAAUGUAACCUGCUCACUCUUUGUGGAGGUCCUGGCUUUUGUGUGUGAGUAUGUAGACAGUGGUGACCACCUACUGCUUGCUCUAGUGGCUGCCUCUGCCCUGCCACCCAGGGCCCACCGUUGCUCCGGGCAGUCGUGACCACCUAACUCCUCCCCCUUUCGUGGAUGCUCUUUUUGACUUUGCCUUUCAAAUAAAUGUGGAUGAAAGCUCCUAAGCCUCUGGCUAACUGGUAGAGGGUCUGCUGUCUGGGGGCCAUUGCUGUUGCCCUGCCUCCUCUCCUGUUGCACCUUCUGUUUCACUUCUGGUUGCUGGGGGACAGCAAGCAAAGCCAGUAAGAUGUGCAGUUGCUAUUAAAUGGACUUAAUUUUGUUUUGCACUAAAGUUUGUGAUUUAACAAUAAAGUUGUGUCAACGAGACCUGUGCCUUUGUGGUACCU